AUGACCCCCUCAAACACCAAGGCAACAACCCUUGCCCGCCCGGAAACUUUGAGCACCCGUCCUCGCUACUGCCCGCAGUGCUCCGAGUUCGAGGGCGCCAGUUCCAAUCGGUGUGGUCCCAGUGCCCCAGCAGAUUGGCUGAGCCCAACUGAGAUCUACCAGGCUGCCAACCUCACCGUUUUUGCUAGUGACGAUCAACACUCCGAUCGGCCGGUGCAGCUGGAUUUCCACUUCACCCAUGGCAGCCAGGGUGCCAGCCAUUGGCAUGGACUUCUGCAAGGCUCUACCCUUUUCCUGGACACCCCUAGGCUGGCACUGGAUUUCAACAGCCGGGAAAGCUUGACCGCCACGCUGGAAUACAUCGAAGAAAAAACAGGCGCAGAGCAAGUGCUGGUCAACUUCCAUAAGGCUCGGCGAGACCGAGGUAAAAUAGGGGCUUUGGGGGAACUUUUUAUCCUGGUGGUGGUUUUUGGGCUGGGAGUGAAUUUCCAAGCCUCGGAAAGAAAUAUAUAUGGGCUGCCCAUAAUUAAUCCAAAUGAUAAAGGAAAAAGGAGAAUUGGUUAA